UUAUUUCGCGCGAAAACGAAGCAAAGCAAACGAAGCAAAGCCUCUAAGCUUGUUUUUGUUAAAUUUGUUAUUUCUGUCUACAAAUACAUUACAAUUUUUGUGUGAUACAAGAUAUUAUCAACUUAUAAUGGAAGGAUUUGAUGACCCCGGUGUUUUCUUUUCCGAUAAUUUUGGUGUCGAAGAAAAUGAAUCCCAAGAUCAGAUUAACCUACAAGCUGUGAAGAAAAAGUUUAAAGAAUUUAUUCGACAGUUCCAUACGGGAAACUUUAACUACAAAUACAGAGAUGCACUGAAACGGAAUUAUAAUUUAGGACAAUAUUGGCUGGAGCUAAAUAUUGAAGAUUUGUCAAGCUUUGAUGAGGUCUUAGCUGAGAAACUUUACAAGAAACUCACUGAACAUUUGCCUAUACUAGAAGAAGCGGCUAAAGAGUUAGCUGAUGAAUUAACUGCACCAAGACCAGAAGGAGAGGAGAAAGUUGAAGACAUACAAGUUCUACUGUCUUCUGAUGCUCAUCCAUCUAAUCUUAGAGAGCUGAAAUCAGAGACAGUAUCCCGGCUAGUAAAGAUACCUGGUAUAGUCAUAUCGGCUUCAGGCAUCAAGGCGAAGGCUACGAAGAUCUCUAUCCAGUGCCGAUCAUGCCGCAACAUCAUCCCCAACCUGCCCGUCAAGCCCGGCCUCGAGGGCUACGUCAUGCCACGGAAAUGCAACACGGAACAAGCUGGUCGCCCCAAGUGUCCUCUGGACCCCUACUUCAUCAUACCGGACAAGUGCAAAUGCAUAGAUUAUCAGGUUUUGAAGCUGCAAGAGGCGCCGGAGAGCAUCCCACAGGGCGAGAUGCCGCGGCACCUCACGGUGUACUGCGAGCGCGUGCUGUGCGAGCGCGCCGCCCCCGGCGCCAGGGUGCUCGUGCUCGGCAUCUACAGCAUCAAGAAGAUCGCCAAGAUUGGGCGCGAGGGACGCGACAAGGGCUCCGUGGGCGUGCGCUCGUCGUACCUGCGCGCGGUGGGGCUGACGGCCGAGGAGGGCAUGACGGGCGGCUCCAAGCCCUUCACCAGCGAGGAGGAGGAGCAGUUCCGGAGGCUCGCGGCGGCUCCUGACGUGUAUGAGAGGAUCGCCAAGUCGAUAGCGCCUAGUGUGUAUGGAGCCGAAGAUAUGAAGAAGGCUAUAGCUGCGCUGUUGUUUGGAGGUUCCCGCAAGCGCCUGCCGGAUGGUCUCACCCGUCGCGGCGACAUCAAUAUCCUCCUGCUCGGUGACCCUGGAACGGCCAAGUCUCAACUGCUUAAGUUUGUGGAGAAGGUGUCUCCCAUAGGAGUGUACACCUCGGGCAAAGGAUCGAGCGCCGCAGGUCUCACCGCUUCCGUCAUCAGGGACCCUGCCAGUCGCAACUUCGUGAUGGAGGGCGGCGCGAUGGUGCUGGCGGACGGCGGCGUGGUGUGCAUCGACGAGUUCGACAAGAUGCGCGAGGACGACCGCGUGGCCAUCCACGAGGCCAUGGAGCAGCAGACCAUCUCCAUCGCCAAGGCCGGCAUAACCACGACGCUGAACUCGCGCUGCUCGGUGCUGGCGGCCGCCAACUCGGUGUUCGGGCGCUGGGACGACACCAAGGCCGACGACAACAUCGACUUCAUGCCCACCAUCCUGUCCCGGUUCGACAUGAUCUUCAUUGUGAAGGAUGAACAUGACCAGAAUAGGGAUAUUACGCUAGCCAAGCACAUAAUCUCCGUGCACAUGGGCGGCGACAGCACGGAGCGCGAGGCGGCGGCGGGCGAGAUCCCGCUGGCGACGCUCCGGCGCUACGUGGCCUACUGCCGCGCGCGCUGCGGCCCGCGCCUGUCGGACACGGCCGGGGAGCGCCUGCGCGCGCGGUACGUGCUCAUGCGCACCGGCGCCUCGCAGCACGAGCGACAGGCGGAUAAGAGGCUGUCUAUUCCUAUUACUGUGAGACAACUGGAAGCGAUCGUGCGCAUCUCGGAGUCGCUGGCCAAGAUGCAGCUGCAGCCGUUCGCGACGGAGAGCCACGUGACGGAGGCGCUGCGCCUGUUCCAGGUGUCCACGCUGGACGCCGCCAUGACCGGCAGUCUCGCCGGAGCGGAAGGGUUCACCAGCGAGGAGGACCACGAGAUGCUGACGCGCAUAGAGAAGCAGCUGAAGCGACGCUUCGCGGUGGGCUCGCAGGUGUCCGAGCAGACCAUCAUCCAGGACUUCCUCAAGCAGAAGUACCCCGAGCGCGCCAUACAGAAGGUCAUUCACACCAUGAUCCGCAGGGGGGAACUGCAACAUCGCUUGCAAAGGAAGAUGUUGUACAGGAUGGCCUAGUAGAGUUGUUUAACCGAAGUAUUAAACCACGGCAAGAUGACUAUGAUGAAGAAAAGUGUCAAGCUCGGAUGUUUUGAAUGUUAGCACUGUCUACUUUGUGGGCACUGCAGGGUUGGCUGAACUCUUGAGUUAAUAUUAACACCAGUAGGGCGAGCAUAGGAUUCGAUACUAUUUUCGAAUCUACACGAAGGUUCGCUUUCACCAAACGCUAAACGUAUUUAAAUCAAAUUUUAAAUACAU